AUGGAUAUGAACGAGACCAAAGAAGAGAUAAAGGAUUCAACCUUUCUCAAUUUCAAAUUGAGUAUCGAAGGAAUCAUACGGGCGCGUAACACACCGAAGAAAAAAGGCGUUCGAGGCAAUGUCGAAAGCGAAGAGAACCUGCAGACCAAUUUGAGAAACGACGUGAUCUCAAUCAUGACAAAUCCACUCUCUCAAAUAUCAAAGUUGGAUCCAGUAUCUGGGCUUGCCUCAGAUCAGGUACAAGCAUUACGAGCCUUGUACGCUAUGGUCAAGAACAAGACGAACCUUGAUGGGAAGCUGGAAACUGCAGUAAAGACAACUGUGAAGCUUCUCAAUCCAAAUUUUAACUAUAACAUGAACGAAAAGGUAGUCGAAGACCAGAAGGAUGACAAUGAAUUGACGACUGAUUCCAGCAUGCCUGUACGAAGAAGCACGCGCAUUGCUCAGCUACCGCAGACUUCUUAUCAUGAAGAUGCAGAUGAUAUGUUAUCGAUUGCUGGUGUUGAGGAUGGGAGUGAUGGAGAGGAGGCUUUCAACAUGGCAGAAGAUUAUGAGAAUGAUUGGGAUGAGGACGUGGACGGACAAGAUGAAGUGAUGGACGACGUCUAA